ACAGAAGAAUAGCUUAUAUUGUAAUCUGUCCACUCAUUGCCUCACCAAGGUAAUGAUUCGUGAUUUGGCUCCUGUUUUCUUCUCCAGCCUCAUCUUUUUCAGCAACCUAAGUUUGAACUUUAAGACCUGUAAUUAUUACCCAUCCUUCUCAACACAUUAUUUGUCCCCGUGCCGCAUCUCCUUUCUGUUCGGAUCCAGAUUUGCCAUCCCACCCCUAUUUUUGUAGUAGAAAAUGCCUAUUUAUCUUUAAAACUCUAACUUACAGUUAGUAAAGCUAUCCAUUCUUUACGCUGUACAUCUUGAUAUACCAUACUUCCAAUAGCAAUUAUUUGCUUUCAUGUCUGUCUGCCCACAAGACUGGACAUUCCUUGAAUGGCUCAUACCAGGAAUGUAGUUGGUACUCAAUCUGUGGGGAGCAAAGAGAGAUAAGCGAACAAAUGUCAAACAUAAGAAUCUGUAGCUGCUAACUUAAAUUUACAGAUUUAGUGAAACUACUUCUCACAAGCUACCAAAUCACAGUGCCAUGGGGCUGCAAGAUGAUCUCAGUGCCACACCGACACCUGCAGGGUCGCAGGGGGGUCCGACACCCCUCAGAAAGAACUCGCAGACCGUCCGAGAAGGCGAAUUCUCCAGGGGGUCAGCAGUUAGAUGAGGCCCAGGGCAGCCACGAGACCCUCCAACCAGGGCGGGCAGCUGACCCGCCUCCUGGGAUUUGGCCCGCUACAAGCCACGUCGCCAGCUCAGCUCUGAAUACUCCCGGCCACGCCACACGAGCGGCCUCAACCCUGAGACGCCCAGGGAACAUGAGCUGACCCUCUAGAAGCAAGAUGGCGGCCUCCGUUCUCCCCUCCUUCCCCCAAGAACCCCCUCCUGGUCCCCAAAAGAAAGACAAGGACACCGCGGCGACGACGCCGAGAUCCGGGAAUCUCCGCGAGGCCCGCGGCCACUCCCGAGCCCCCGGGAGAUGACUUCACCUCGCGGAGCUCAGAGAGCCGGGGGUGGGGCCGUCGGAAAGACAGCGCGGACAGCCCUCAGCUUACAGGGGGCGGAGGCCGAGCAGCCUGCGCCCUCCGAGCCAUUGUUCUCCGGCCCAGGCCCAUGAUCACCCUCCUCUCAGCCCACGGACAGGAAGUCGCUCCCCAGCUGCCCCGCCCCCCUCCCCAGCGCCCCGGAAGUGAUCUGUGGCGGCGGCUGCUGCAGAGCCGCCAGGAGGAGGGUGGAUCUCCCCAGAGCAAAGCGUCGGAGUCCUCCUCCUCCAGCCGCCCAGGCUCCCCCGCCACCCGUCAGACUCCUCCUUCGACCGCUCCCGGCGCGGGGCCUCCCAGGCGACAAGGACCGAGUACCCUCCGGCCGGAGCCACGCAGCCGCGGCUUCCGGAGCCCUCGGGGCGGCGGACUGGCUCGCGGUGCAGAUUCUUCUUAAUCCUUUGGUGAAAACUGAGACACAAGAUGGCCGCAAAUAAGCCCAAGGGUCAGAAUUCUUUGGCCUUACACAAAGUCAUCAUGGUGGGCAGUGGUGGUGUGGGCAAGUCAGCUCUGACUCUGCAGUUCAUGUACGAUGAGUUUGUGGAGGACUAUGAGCCUACCAAAGCAGACAGCUAUCGGAAGAAGGUAGUGCUAGAUGGGGAGGAAGUACAGAUCGAUAUCUUAGAUACAGCUGGGCAGGAGGACUACGCUGCAAUUAGAGACAACUACUUCCGAAGCGGGGAGGGGUUCCUUUGUGUUUUCUCUAUUACAGAAAUGGAAUCCUUUGCAGCUACAGCUGACUUCAGGGAGCAGAUUUUAAGAGUAAAAGAAGAUGAGAAUGUUCCAUUUCUACUGGUUGGUAACAAAUCAGAUUUAGAAGAUAAAAGGCAGGUUUCUGUAGAAGAGGCAAAAAACAGAGCUGAGCAGUGGAAUGUUAACUACGUGGAAACAUCUGCUAAAACACGAGCUAAUGUUGACAAGGUAUUUUUUGAUUUAAUGAGAGAAAUUCGAGCGAGAAAGAUGGAAGACAGCAAAGAAAAGAAUGGAAAAAAGAAGAGGAAAAGUUUAGCCAAGAGAAUCAGAGAAAGAUGCUGCAUUUUAUAAUCAAAGCCCAAACUCCUUUCUUAUCUUGACCAUACUAAUAAAUAUAAUUUAUAAGCAUUGCCAUUGAAGGCUUAAUUGACUGAAAUUACUUUAACAUUUUGGAAAUUGUUGUAUAUCACUAAAAGCAUGAAUUGGAACUGCAAUGAAAGUCAAAUUUACUUUAAAAAGAAAUUAAUGUGGCUUCACCAAGAAGCAAAGUUCAACUUAUUUCAUAAUUGCCUACAUUUAUCAUGGUCCUGAAUGUAGCGUGUAAGCUUGUGUUUCUCGGGCAGUCUUUCUUGAAAUUAAAGAGGUGAGAUGGGGGUGGGGAGUGGGAGGAAAGGUGACUUCCUCUGGUGUUUAUUAUAAAGCUUAAAUUUUAUAUCAUUUUAAAAUGUCUUGGUCUUCUACUGCCUUGAAAAAUGACAAUUGUGAACAUGAUAGUUAAACUGUACCACCUUUUUUAACCAUUAUUAUGCAAAAUUUAGAAGAAAAGUUAUUGGCAUGGUUGUUGCAUAUAGUUAAACUGAGAGUAAUUCAUCUGUGAAUCUGCUUUAAUUACCUGGUGAGUAACUUAGAAAAGUGGUGUAAACUUGUACAUGGAAUUUUUUGAAUAUGCCUUAAUUUAGAAACUGAAAAAUAUCUGGUUAUAUCAUUCUGGGUGUGUUCUUACUGACACCAGGGGUCCGCUGCCCCAUGUGUCCUGGUGAGAAAAUAUAUGCCCGGCAUGGAGUACAGCUUUUGUAUAGAAAAUUCUUGAGAAGUAACUGUCUGCUAGGAGUCUGUCCAAAUUUAAAAUGUGUGCCAUACUCUGGUUCUUGAAAAUAAGAUUCCAGAGCUCUUUGAUCGCUUUUAAUAAACUGCAAGUUCAUUUUAAAUGAAGGGCCAGCAUAUACUUGCAAGAUAAUUUUCGACUGCGAGGAUUCAGCACCAGUUAUUUUUGAAUGAACCCUCCUUUUCUCUGAGAUGCUGGUCCCUGGAAAUCACUUUCUGCUAGUGGUGAGCAUGUAAGUGUUAAGUUUUUAAUCUGGGAGCAGGGCACAGGAAGAAAAUGUCAGUAAUGCUAAUGCAUUUUGCACUAGAACACUUCGGGAAAAUAUUCAUGCUUGCCAUCUGUUCAUUACUAAAUUUAUACUCAUGAAGUUACAGUUUGGAAUUAUUAGGAGUAAUUCUUUUCUGUUUAUGUUUAUAAUGAAGAACACUGUAGCUACAUUUUCAGAAGUUAACAUCAAGCCAUCAAACCUGGGUAUAGUGCAGAAAACGUGUGGCACACACUGACCACACAUUAGGCUGUGUCACCAUUGUGUGGUGUUCCUGCUGGAAGAAUCUAGCAUGCUACUUGGGGACAUAAUUUCAGUGGGAAAUAUGCCACUGUCAGAUUUUUUUUUCUUCCUCUUUGCAGUGGGGCUAGGAGAGUUGAUUCAACAAAGUAUUUUUUUCUUUUUUCUCAGUCCUAAUUUGAACAGGUCAAAGAUGUGUUCAGGCAUUCCAAGUAACAGGUGUGUACGUAAAGUUAAAAAUAGGCUUUUUAGGAACUCACUCUUUAGAUAUUUACAUCCAGCUUCUCAUGUUAAAUAUUUGUCCUUAAAGGGUUUGAGAUGUACAUCUUUCGUUUCGUAUUUCUCAUAGGCUAUGCCAUGUGCGGAAUUCAAGUUACCAACGUAACACUGGCCAGCGGGCCCAGCAAUCUCCAUGUGUACUCAUUACAGUCUUAUUUAACCAGGGGUCCUAACCACUAACAUUGUGACUUUGCUUUGAGACCUUUCCUCUCCUGGGUACUGAGGUGCUAUGAAGCCAACUGACAAAGAUGCAUCACGUGUCUUAGGCUGAUGCCACUACCCGAUUUGUUUAUUUGCAAUUUGAGCCAUUUAAAGACCAAUAAACUUCCUUUUUUUAAAUGUU